AUGGGAUCCACUCAAAGCAAAAAUCCAACCACUGGUCCUGAUGUGGUAUUAAAAAAACGACCUCUUCUCACUUCUGAAGAUAUUCCUUCUUUGCCGAUUGUUUCCCAUCGUAUAUACGCGCAUCUCGCCUUGCAUGUGUAUGAACAUCCAAAUACACCCAAACUCCCCACAGCUUGGACUGUUUUCUUAAGUGCGAAGGAUUUAAAUUUGGAUAAGGAGGGAUAUUUCGCAGUGGCUUAUGUCAAUCACGAACUCCGACAUUGUAUUAUUGCUCAACGUGGGACAACAAACGCAUUAGGUAUGCGAACAGGCGUUUGGACCUAUUUUGAUGAACGAACCAUUCAAUUUAGUUUAGCCCAACAAUUUUCAAAACAAGUACGUUCUUAUUUGGGUUUAACUUUAGGGGAAACACCAGAGUGGUUUGUGAGUUACACCGGUCAUAGUCUUGGGGCGGUUCUCGCGGCUUGCAGGGCAGUAGAGGAACAAACAUAUGCCAUUACAUUUGAAUCUCCAGGUUGUAAAACAUUUAUUGAAAAAACAAUGUCUCCUUUAAAGAUAGAAGAUGCGGAUAUUAUUACAUAUCUUCGAACACCUAAUCCAAUUAAUUCGCUUCGUCCUCAUUGUGGGUAUAUUGUACAAAUACCUUUUGAGUCAGGAGAUAAAAAUCCAUUACAACCACGCGUUGUAUCUUCAUCAAUGCUUCGUUUACCUUCUAUUCCUACUCCUCAAGAGUUUAUACGUGGUAAACUACCACGUGUUGUGGGAAUUCCAGAUAUUCAAUUAUAUGUUGGAAAGAUUGAACCUCUUCUUCGUGAAAUGUUAGAAGAUACACAACAAAUUCAUGCUAUGAUUGGAAUUUUUAAUCAUUUUAAAGAAAGUGAUGAACCUUCUAAUGAAACAGUUGUUUUGCGUUGGCCAUCCAAUAUAAUGCAAUUUUUAGAAUAUUAUAACGCAAAGAAAGCUUUAGAAGAUCCUCUAAAUCAACAAGUAAACAUUAGUGCCGCAUAUGAGUCUUUGGUUAGAGAUCUCUAUCUUACAGCAGAACGUCCAAAGAAUAGUUUACCUCUUCAUUUUUUAAAUAAACAUUCACUUAAACUACUUCGAUUAUGGUCUCGAGAUGAUUCGGUUUUAUUAGGGAAAAUUCCAUUAACUUUAAUGGACCGAAAAGUACUGAAUAAUACUACUAUUGAAGAUGGAUGUAUGUGUACCUCUGUACUUACUGCUUUUCAGACGAAACAAUAUCUCUCACUUCUUGUGUUUAGGCCAUCAAUAAGAAAAGUACUUGAUCAAUUAGUAUUCGAUCCUCUUUUAGAGAAUAGAAGCAAACUAUAA